UACUGAUCUCAUAUUUACUUGUACCGUACUACUCCUACCCUGUAUUUCCCAUGUCAUAUAUCUGGCAUGAACUCACUCCCUCCAACUUGUUCACCAAAAAUGAAGAGGCAAUCCUUUCCGGAAUCCGUCACUUUCCCGGGAAAAGCAUCCCACUUCGCGGCCGAGGUCUGGUUCGACGACGCAUGUAUCCUCGAUAUGGACUACUUCGUCAAAACCCUCUCCGGCAUUAAGGCCAAGGGUGUACGACACGACCUAAUCGGUUCCAUAAUCACCCACUACGCCUCCAAAUGGCUGCCAGACCUAUCCGGUGGCGGGGACGCGGACGCGGCAGAGAAGAGCCUAACAAACUUUGAAGAAUCGCCCGAAAGCGUCACGGCUUCGUGGAUGAAGAAGCGGUUCUUUGUGGAAACCAUCGUGGGAGUUCUCCCCCCCGAAAGGGAUUCCAUCCCUUGCAACUUCCUCCUCCGCCUCCUCCGGACCGCCAACAUGGUCGGCGUCGAGCCCACCUACCGAGCCGAGCUCGAGAAACGUAUAUCAUGGCUGCUCGACCAGGCUUCACUGAAAGAACUGAUGAUACCGUCGUUUAGCCACACUUGUGGGACUUUGCUAGAUUUUGAGCUCGUUAUCAGGCUGGUGAAGAGGUUUGUGAAUUUGGAUGAGGCUGCCAAAUCUGGAGCUGCUGCAUUGAUUAAGGUCGCAAAGCUUGUGGACUGUUAUCUUGCCGAGGCAGCCGUCGAUUCCAAUCUGAGCUUGUCCGAUUUUGUGGCGCUUGCCGGAGCUCUCCCUGGCCAUGCCCGCGCCACCGAUGACGGCUUAUACCGAGCCAUUGAUACUUAUCUCAAAGCACAUCCUCGCGCAUCAAAGCAAGAAAGAAAGAGUCUCUGCCUACUAAUUGACAGCCGAAAACUCUCACCAGAGGCAUCUCUUCAUGCAGCCCAAAACGAACGCUUGCCCGUCCGAGUUGUCAUCCAAGUGCUCUUCUCGGAGCAAAACAAGCUCACUCGCCAUAUUGAUUCGAGUGGCUCCUUCAGUGGCAACCGGAGCCCGAGCCUUGCGCUUGAACCGUCUGUCCGGUGCCACUCUAGGCGUGAAAUGACAGCUCAGCAAAUGGAGAUAAGAAGGUUGAAGGAAGACGUAAUUAAGCUUCAAAGCCAGUGCAAUUCCAUGCAAGUGCAAAUGGAGAGGCUUUUGGAGAAGAAGAAGGGGUUUUUCAAGUGGAAGAAGUUUGGAAUGUUGCCUUCAUUCAAGGGUGUUAAUGUGGUUCAGAAAGUUGAAGAGGUUGAAGAAGAAGAGGUGGAGUCUGGGCGGGAAACGCCUCAUGACAUUAAAACCAAGCUGAUGAUCCGAAGUGCUAAGCCUCCCCCAAAGUGGAGGAAAUCCAUGUCUUGAAGGUGAAGAUCAAAGGCUGGGGAAUUAGUAAGCAAGUUUAUGUUGUUAUUAUGCAUUAUUUUAUGACUUUCUGAAAUAAUUGUAAGGCUUAAAUAAGAUCUAUAUAUAUUUCCUUCUGUUGCAA